AUGCUCAACACCAGCAUGACGCUGCAUCCGCUCCUCGCCGUGCUAUUCGGCAGCCUGGCCAUGCUCCCCGAGGCCGUGCGCGCCGUCAACGUCGAUACCCAGGACUCUAUUGGGCCGGCCACGGCCCUUGCGGCUCUCAACGCCAGCGUCGGGGGCCGGGUGAAGAUCACGGAGCCCUUUGCGCUGCCGUGCUUCGCGACGUACGAGGGCCGGCCGAACCCGCGCCGCGACACCGCCGUCUGUGCCGAGCGCCAGGCCAACUACCGCUCUUCCGCGUACCGCAGCCGCUUCCCCGGCGGCUACAUGUACGACCAGUCGUCCGUGUGCGCAACAGACCCGGCCUCGGCGGACCGCUGCCUGCUCGACCCCAAGGACCCCUCCAACCGCGGUGCCUUUGAGAGCGCCGACUGCAGGCAAGGCAACGUUCCGGCCCACUACCUGGAAGUGAAAGAGGCGAGAGACGUGGUCGAGGCGUUUCGACACGCGGAAGGCUCCGGCAGCGGGCUGAGGAUUGUCGUCAAGAACAGUGGGCAUUCGUUCGAGCUCGACAGCAGCGGCAAGAGGGCGCUGUCGCUGUGGACGCACAACCUCAAGAAGCUGACGCGCCACCGCGACUUCGUCCCCGACGGGUGCGGCUCCUCGUCACGGCACGUCGAUGCCAUCACCACGGGCGCGGGCGUCACCUGCAACGAGGCCUACUCCUACGCCGACGCCGAGGGAGUCCUCAUCCUGUGCGGCUACUCGGCGACAGUUGGCCUCACGGGCGGCUGGGUGCAAAACGGGGGCCACUCGGUUCUAAGCAACAUGUUUGGGCUCGGUGCCGACCGCGUGCUGCAAUUCACCGUCGUGACGCCCGACGGGGUCACCCGCGUGGCGAACCGCUGCCAGAACGCGGACCUGUUCUGGGCGCUCCGCGGCGGCGGCGGCGGCACCUUUGGCGUCGUCCUGGACGCGACGCACAAGGUCGAGCCGGCGGCGCCCAUCGCCGUGGCCAACAUCAGCGUGCCCGCGCGGGGCGACGUGGACGUCGUGUACGGCUUCAUGGAGACGUUGUUCGACUCGGCGGUCGCCAUGGCCGAGGACGGCUGGGGCGGCCACAUCUACGGCAACUCCAUCGCCUACAUGAGCCCGAAGCUGCAGUCGGAGGAGGAAGCCAAGAAGUCGAUGGCGCCGCUCAUCGCCUUUGCCGAGAAGCACUCUGGCAGCGUCAACGUGUCCAUCUCGCCGCGCUGGUACCCCAUCUUCGACGACUUUGUGCUCAAGGGGUCCUACCCCGUCGGAGACCUAAGCCUCAUCAACACGCGCCUCGUGCCCGUCAAGGUACACACCGACAAGGCACUUCGCGCGCAGUUCAAGGCGUACAUGCGCGAGUUCAUCUCGACCAUCGGCCCGCCGUACGUACCCGUCGACGCGCCGUACCUAUACCGCCCUUCCUCGCCGUCGACGACGUCGGUGCACCCAGCGUGGUACUCGUCGCUCUGGGAAUGGGGAUACCCCAACAGCUGGGCGUGGAACGGCACGCUCGAGGACCGGGUGCGCGCCGUGCGCGGCAUGCAGGCGCAGACGGCGCGCAUGGAGGCCGUGACGCCCGGGGGCGGGACGUACAAGAACGAGGCGAACCCGUUCACGCCCGACUGGCAGCGCGUCUUCUUCGGCGGGCACUACGAGCGGCUGCUGGCCGUCAAGCGCAGGUAUGAUCCGCGCGGCCUGCUGCGCUGCUGGCGAUGCGUGGGGUGGACGGACGAGGACGCGGAGGCAUCGUGCUAUCGCGCGUUUAACAAUGUCGGCGCGUAG